AUAAACGUAAUACUCGCCCUACUCACCAAUACACUCCUAUCCACACUACUUGUACUUAUCGCAUUCUGAUUACCCCAACUAAACAUCUAUGCAGAAAAAGCAAGCCCCUACGAGUGCGGAUUUGACCCCAUGGGAUCUGCCCGUUUACCCUUUUCCAUAAAAUUCUUCUUAGUAGCCAUUACUUUCUUGUUAUUCGACCUAGAAAUCGCACUACUACUUCCCCUCCCAUGAGCCUCACAGACGAACAAGCUGUCAACUAUACUCACCAUAGCCCUUCUACUAAUUUCGCUACUAGCCGCAAGCCUGGCCUACGAAUGAACCCAAAAAGGACUAGAAUGAACUGAAUA